AAGAAGAUCAAUAAGCAAACAAGAUGGCGAGUUAGUAUGCUUUGCGUUCAGAAAAUCAAAUUUAUUCUAAAUGCGUAGCUUUAGUUUUAAUAUUGAAUUUGCUUAUCUUUAGCACAUGUUCAGAAUAUUACACGGUGUCUAAAUGGGUGCGUAUUAUUGCGCCAUUUGUAAACAAACGACCUUCUCCGGCGGGAAGAAACAUAUUUUUGGGAAAAACCACCAAAGCAGACUCAGAGUUGUUCUUCUGAAAUUUACAGAAAAGGUGAAAGAAGCACGGCGAACACUUAAAAAACCUCAAAUUGAAAAGUUUGAUUGCACCCAGCACAAGCAGACAUUCUGGUGCUACUGCUGCAGUGCUGAAGUCGAGAAACACGUUACAGAUGACAACAUGACUGUGAUUCAUGGCGGCUUAGUAGAACACAUGGCCACAAGACAACACAAGAAAAAUACUCACAAGUUCUGGUGGGAGAAUAAGGCUGACCCCAAGAGUAAAGACAAAGUCCUCAUCACAGAGGAGGAAGCUGAAAGGUUUAAAGCUGAAGUAGCAAAAGUUUUAGAGUCAUUUGUGGAGAAAGAGGAUGAACACAUUAAACAGCAAGCUGACGUCAUCCGAGCCCAAGAAAAACACCGUCAGGAGGUCUUUCAGUCUCUGUUAGAGCGUAAUGAAGAGCAAGAAGCUUCCAAUGGACCAAGCAGCACUAACUUACCUGCCGAGGUUUCUGUCAGCUCUCAGUUUCAUGCUGAAGGAUCAGACCAACUGGUGGGGAGCGCCUUCGUUGAUUUGGUGGUUGAGGUGCCACAGACUGCAGCCGGACAAGGGCUGACUUUCAUAGGUUAUCAGGAUUCAUCAACCAUUGGAAAUGUUCAUACAGGUGCCAUUCCUCCUUGGCUCCAAGAAGAUCCUUUAGAGGGCUCAUCUGCAGCUGCUCCACAGACGGAGAUCGGCCCGUCGCUCCAAGAGUUCCUCAAACACAAGGAGCAGGAGAAGCUGAGGAAGCUUCCUCCGACCAGAGUAGGGGCCAACUUUGAUCACAGCUCACAAACAGACGCCAACUGGCUGCCCUCGUUUGGAAGGGUUUGGAACAGUGGACGGCGCUGGCAGUCCAGGCACCAGUUCAGACAAGAGGAAGGGCAGAAGAAAAGACAGAAGAGGAAGCGGCAGCAAAGCACAGAGGCCUCGAAGAAAACUAAAAUGACUGAACAGCCGACAAAUUCUGACGCACUGGACCUUAGGAGUGAAGGGUUGAAUUAAAUUUUAUCCAGAUUUUUGCUGUUAUAUUAUAUGUUCAUGCUAAUAAAACACACUGUAUUGCUGAAAAUAUUUGAACAUUUAUGUUAUUACAAUAAAUAUAAACAUUUGCAUUGA